AGCGAGCCUGGAACAAACCUCGCCUGAGCUUGUGGGCAGACCCGGGAGCAGGGAAAGCUGGGAACAGAAAAGAGGCAUUUCACGCCGCCGGCUGAGUCACCCCAAGCGUAUAAAAUCAAGGGCAGGCAGUCGGAGCCGCUCCGAGCGCAGGCACGAGGCACCGGAACUUUUGGACAGGAAACAGACCUUGAAAACUGCAAGCACCUCAGAGAAGGAUGUUGUCACCCUUGCUCAUCCUCCCUCUGCUGCUGGAGACCACAGCACAUGGCCUAGUGAGCAGAGCAGCAUCCAGGGAUGUCACCACCUUUUUCCAGCUGGCUCGGGAGGAUGCUUGGGAGAAUGUUAAUCUCACCAGCAUGUCCUGUGAGGAACGGAAGAACAGGACCUGGAUCACCCUGCAGCUGACCAACAGCAGCCUGACAGCUUUCCCUGUCUGCCUUCCAGAGGCCCUGGAGACCUUGGAUCUCAGUAAUAACCUCUUGGAAGAGGUGAAUGGCACAGAGAUAGCAAACCUCCCACUGCUGCGUGUCCUCUCGCUGAGGCACAACCACCUCUGGUCGGUGAGGUGGGGAUCUGAAGCCCUCAGCAGUCUCCUCAAGCUGGACUUGAGUUUUAAUAAGCUGUCAUCUGUGCCAUCCUGCCACAGCUCUGCCCUGCCUAACCUGAGGUGGUUGUCCUUGGCUGGAAAUCCACUGAUUGAAAUCCAGCCACUGGCUUUUUCCUGCUACCCUCAGCUGCAGGUCUUGAACCUCUCUUCAACGCUGCUCGGGCAGGAUGACAGCAGAGGAAUUGGAGACUCUGCUUUUGCCAUCAGCACAGAUCCCGAUGAGGCCAUGAACAGGCCUGGAAACUCCAUCAGUGUGCUUGAUCUGAGCGGGACCUUUCUUGAGAAAAUUCAACCAGAGUGGGCCAGAGACUUGGCCAACCUCAGAUCACUUCACCUGACAAACAUGCCACGGUUAAGAAGCCUCAACAGCGACUUCUUCAAGUCUCUGCCUGGUCUCCGAGAGCUGCACUGUCAGGAUUCCCCUUCCCUGGGUUUGGUGCAGACAGAGAUGUUUGACAGUGUCCCUCAUCUGAGCCAUCUCUCAUUUGAGAACUGUAACCUGAGUUCCUUUAAUCCUUGGAACACCAAUUCAUCGGACGGCAUCACCAUCAACUUGUACGGGAAUCCUCUGCAGUGCAACUGCCAGCUCUCCUGGCUGCUGUCCAAGCCCAAGAAAGUUGUUCUGCAAAAGGCUCGGGAGACUUUUUGCACACCCCAGGAAGAUUCGGGCAGACCUCCAACACCUUUUUCACUGCUGGAGCUCUAUGAGAAAUGCCAGUCAGAGAGCAACAUUACGCUGCCCGAUUCAAACACAGCUCUUCCUGAUCAUGAUGCUUUCAACUUCACCAGUGAUGAUGCCUUUGCUGUAGUAACAACAGAUUCAGCCCUGCUGACCAAAGAUUUGACUCACACCAGCUCCCUAAUCCAGAUGGAUACAAGGAGCACAGCAACAUCCAAGCCAACACUAACCAAAGACACCUAUACCAGCUCCCUAAUCCACAUGGAUACAAGGAGCACAGCAACAUCCAAGCCAACACUAACCAAAGACACCUUUACCAGCUCCCUAAUCCACAUGGAUACAAGGAGCACAGCAACAUCCAAGCCAACACUAACCAAAGACACCUUUACCAGCUCCCUAAUCCACAUGGAUACAAGGAGCACAGCAACAUCCAAGCCAACACUAACCAAAGACACCCAUACCAGCUCCCUAAUCCACAUGGAUACAAGGAGCACAGCAACAUCCAAGCUAACACUAACCAAAGACACCUCUACCAGCUCCCUAAUCCAGAGGGAUGUGACGAGCACUGCAGCAUCCAAGCCAACUGAACCGAUCCCAACAAAGGCUAACAGUUCCUCCCACGAGGAGGAGGCAGUUUCUGAAUCCACAAGCCACCCCCCUUCCUUGGCAUCCGUAACCUCCUUCCCGGUUUUUCUCCAAGAGCUCUUUGCUCAGUCCUCAGAUCACAGCUCCACAAGUCCAGCUGGAACAGAACAGCUACAGAGGGGGCUCACAACAACCGACACGACACUCCCCCGGGAAGGGCCAUCCAACCAGACCACCAGUGACCAUUCCACUGGAGGAACAGGAAUCCCCCACACCACCAGCCAUCACAUUCACUCCUUUGCCACCCGUGCCAGGGAAGGUGCCCCCCAAACGAGCCGCCCACAGCUGAACUCCACAAGGAGCAGCGCCCGCUCAGAGCCUGCACCCACCACGCCGUCCCCGCAUUACAUCGAUGACUACGACUACGAAGAGCAACCAAAGGAAACCCCGGUGCAAACGGCCCACAUUGCCUGUGACUACAACCCUUGCAGGCACCUGCAGAAGCCGUGCAGGGAACUCCAGAACAUAUCCCAGUGUUCAUGCCCUGGCACAUCGAGGGAAGAUGAGAUUCCAGACCCACCCAGGCUCAGAGAGGUGAUUGAAAUCACUGACAGCUCUGCACAGAUACGCUGGUGUGCCCCAUAUUCCGUUGUUCACAGCUAUGAGCUGAUGCUUCGUGCCCAAGACGACGAGGACAGGCAGUUUGUCAUGGACAACAUCUACCCCACGGCCAGGCAGUACACUCUGUAUAACCUGCUACCAUUCACCACUUACCGUAUCUGUGUGACUGCCUCCAACAAAGCAGGGUCAAGCCAGGCAACAGGCCAGGAAAUUCCAGGUAAUUCGUGCACCAGCUUUAAAACAAAACCCAGCUACAAGUAUGUUUUUGCUGGUCUGUCUGCAGCAAGUGGACUCUUUCUCAUUACCACAAUUAUUUUGUCUGUAUGCCUGUGUAAGGCAUGUAAAAAGCCUCAGAGUGAGCAGUAUGGUACACACUUAGUCUCCUACAAGAACCCAGCAUUUGAUUAUCCCUUAAAACUACAAACCACUAAUUAGCUCUGGGUGAUUGUUCUGUGCAUUCAAAGUUCACUAUCUCCAUCACCUUGGUGUGUUUUUGUGAGACUCUGAGAAUGUCCUUCAGCAAAACUAUGAACCAUCAGAUUCCAUAACCCUGACAUUUCUAAAGGAGAGAAAACCACCAGAAAAAGAGAAAAACUGAUAAUGAAGGUAGUCAACCAGAAAAAAGUCUUUGAACUCCUGUUCUUGUGCUAAACAGCAGCAAGCCUGGGCACUAACCUUGAAAACUUGUUUUUAUAAUCACCUACAAAUAGAGUAGCAUAAAUUUCACACUGUGAGAGGCUGCCUGGCCAGCUGUCUGCCUCCAGUAUCUUUAAUGAGCACAGUCAGAGGAAGGCUGCAAUUCGAGGUGCAUUAAGCUGAGCAAGACACACUCUGCUUUCAUUCACAGAGCAAAGCAGGGGGUUCCAUUUUUUUAAGGUAUUAUCCAUAAAGAGAGUGUAGCUGAAAGGAGUGAGUGGGCUCAGUGACAAGGUGCUGCGCAGAUUUAACUCCUCUGAGUAAAUGCAGUGGAUGCAGAUGAUCAGCCUAACUUCAGUUCAGGAAAAAGAAACAUGAAAUUCAGUUGUAGUAACAGAUAGUGCAGGAUCCUUAGAGAGGAGGUAAUUGUGUUGUUCUGAUUUUUUAUGAGGCUAUGCACAACCAAACCUCCCAAUGCUUCCCCAAAACAAGCUCGCAGGCAGUAGGGGGUUUGCAGUACAGCAGUGACCCACAGAAGGGGGGAGGGGAGCACGGUAACAUUUGCUUCCCAGUGGAUUUUAAGCAGAGAGGAUGUUCUGUCCCAAUCAGCCAUCCCAUCUACAGAUUUAGCAGCUGAUGAUUUACCUCAUACAGAGGCAAAAAGCCAAGUAAUGAAGCAAUUUAAUGCACGUGCUGCUGAGACUUGGAAAACCCAGAUCCCCUGCACUAGCAGCAGACAGUUCUGUGGACACCUUUUGAAUGAACUCUUGGGUGCCAAUUUCUGUAUAAUAAUAGGAGAUGCUGACAAUCCCAACUUUGAGCUUGCUAUUAGAAUCCAAAGAGGUGUCCCAAUCUGAUACUUCACCAUAGGUUUCAGUUCCAGGAGCUACCUGUCCCUGCUGCUACACAGUGCUGUACAGACACAGUGCAUAAAACCCCUGAACUCUCUAAGGGAAGGUGCUGUACUGUGCAAAGAGUCUGUGUUCCAUUCUUUUGGGGUUUUUAAUGCUUUCAGUAUUACAGAAAUAAAAGCCACAGAGCUAUGUUCUGAUUUUUUGUUAAAGACAUGGAUCCUGGUGUUGUCUUUACCGUCUACAAUGUUAAGCCUGAGAAAUUAACUCCUUUUGUUGUUUUGGAAUGAAGUUUCACCAUGUAGUAAAGAAAUGUUUUUAUCAUGGU